AGUUGGAAAGAGUUGGAGAUUCCGUGUAUGGUGGAACGGGUGGAAGUGGAACCGGUCGAGUUGAGGAAAAGUAAUAAAUAAUUUACGAGAUGUCAGCAAGGGGAGGAAAGAAACGUCAGAAAGCGAUGUCCAAAUCGCAAAGAGCGAAUGUCACGUUCCCGGUGGGUAGGAUGCACCGGUACUUAAAGAUAGGGACACAUCGUCUGCGAAUUGGCGUCGGAUCACCUGUGUAUAUGGCAGCAGUAAUUGAGUAUCUUACGGCGGAAGUUCUUGAGCUGGCAGGCAAUGCAGCUCGGGACAACAGAAAAGGUCGAAUUACACCUCGACAUAUUCUCUUGGCUGUAGCUAAUGAUGAAGAAUUGCAUCUGCUUUUGAAGAAUGUGACUAUUGCAUCAGGUGGUGUCCUACCAAAGAUCCAUCCGGAACUUUUAGCAAAGAAGAAAGGUGGAAAAUUUGUUGUAGGAAAUAAUGUUCCUCUUAAUGUUCCAUACAAAAAGCCUAUUGCGACUAAACCUAUUUCUCCUCACAAAAAACCUUCACCCUCCACUGAUCCUGCAUCUAGUGGACUCAGAAUAAAGAAACCUACCAGCCCACCUCCAGCAAAAGGUGGAAAAGCUAAAGGCAAAACGAAGGAUUCACCUACAAGUACAUCUACAGCAGGCACUGGAGUGACCAUUUUGUCUGAGAAAAAACUAUUUUUAGGGCAAAAGUUAAUGGUGGUUCAAGGUGACAUUACAAACAUAACAGCAGAUGCCUUAGUCCAUCCAACAAAUUCUAGUAUUGCUAUGAUGGGAGAUGUGGGCCAGGCUCUGGAAAAACGUGGAGGGAAAGAGUUUAUGCAGGAAGUGCUGGAUCUUCGCUCUUCACAUGGCAACCUGGAAGCUACAACAGCUGCACUAUGUGUUGGCCAUAAUUUUCCUGCAAAGUGGGUGAUCCAUGUCAAUGGUCCUGCUGCAAAUGAAGUAGAUGCUACUGAGAAACUUGAUAAAACUGUGAAGAGUUGUCUAACACUGGCUGAUCAGAAGAACCUUAAAUCUCUUGCUAUACCUGCUAUUGGCAGUGGCAGGGCUGGAUUUCCUAAACAACAGGCUGCCCAAACAAUCCUUAAGGCUAUCAGCAAUUACUUUGUGAAUGUAAUGUCAUCAUCCUUAAAACAGAUUUAUUUUGUUCUCUUUGAUCAUGAGAGUAUUGGUAUUUACACAACUGAGCUAGCUAAAUUGGACUCAUAGGAACUUCCAAUUUCAUUACAGAGUUGAAAUAAUUAACUUGCUUCAGUGAGGAUGAGAUGAUUUGUACUUGACUUAAUACAAAAGAAUUUUUAAAACUUUCUGGGAACAUUUAAUUGAUUCCUAGAAUAUUUACUGAUCAUUUGGUUUGUCAAUUUGAUAUUUUAAGUGAGGUGUGUGAUUCAGAUUCUCCAAACCUGUUACAUGCCACAGAGGAAAAGCGAAAUUUAGGUGCUGACAAAACUUUUCACAUGAAACAGCUCCUUUAAGAGUGAUGUUUGAUUUACAAGGAUUUCUGCAUGGUAGGCUGGUUUUAUCAGAGUAUGAAUGAGUGAAUACAUGCAAUGAAAAAUGUUUUUUUAGUGUUGUACAGCAAAUUUCAUCACAUUCAGGUGACAUGGAAAAGUAUAUUUCCUAUAACGUACAAAGAUCAUUCAAUAAGUUCCCCCCUCCCCUCCCCCCUCUCAGACCCCAUAAAAAAUGACAAGAAAAUAUUGCAAAAAACUAAUGAACAAUAAAAAUUCAUUUUCCAUAAUUAUAGGAGAUUGAGAAGUACUUGAUUUCCUUGUACUGAUUGUGCAAUCUUUGAAACAGCAUUUUUUUGUUUCAAUAGAGGAUUCACACUGGCUCAGAUUGCAACAUACAAAACAUUGAGGCAUGUAAAUUUUGUGUACAGUAUUUAUGUGUGGAAAUUUAAUUAAAUAAUUUUAAUUAUUUAUACAAAGUUGUAUGAAAAUUGAAAAGUCUCCUUUUGUAAAUCUGUCAUUCUUGCAAUGAGGAAAAAAACAUGAUGUUUCUCAAAAUCAAUCAAAAGUUUUUUUAGUCAUCAACAUACAUUCAAAUUGAAGAAAAAAUGUAUUUUUACAUUUUCUGCAUUCUAUCUUAGGGUGCUCAGGGUGUUUAAUUGAGUGUAUAAAGUGAAAUUCAAAGGAUAUGGAAAUAUUUAUCACUGUAUUUUGAAAAUUUAUUUUUGUUUGUACUGUAUAUAUGUCUCAAUAUCUCUUCAGUGUGUAUUAACUACACACAAUUUGUUUAGAGCUGCCAUGUGUUUUAGGAUGAUGUGCAUUAAUUGUGAGGUUCUUCACAUACCUACAUUCUUCUAAAAUAUUUGACUAUAUCUCGAAUAACCUCCAAAACGAGUGCAUGAUUUUUGUGAGAUCAUUCUCAUGAUCAUUCAAAUCUGAUUUAAUUUAAAGUGUUAAUUUGGAUAUUCUGUGUGAAUGGAGUUAAUGUCAUUUAUAAUAAUGAAUAGAUUACUUGUUUUACUUCACUUCCAGUUAUUCUUUCCUCAGGUUUUAGUCUGUGUAGUGAUACUUCCAAACUAAGAGUAUUCUGAAAUGUCUGUUGUUUCAUUUUUCUUUUAAGAAAAUUCUCUUUGAAGACUUUUCUGCAUCAAAUGGCAUUUUAAACAUGUUAUCCACAAUGGUAUUGAAUAUGAUACCAUGAAACAAUGAGCAUUACUGCCGAUAAGUGAUAUAAUUGGAAGUGAUCGGCAAGAAAUUGUACCUUUCAAAAAGUUAUAUUGAUAAUAAGAAAGGAUUAAUAAGUACUGAAUGAGAAGGUAAAUAGGGACAAAAGUCCAUGGUCAGCAUUUAACAAGAUUAUAAAGCUAAAGAUUAUAUUGUAAUAUUUCAACAUAUUUCUGCAAAAAUAAUUGUAGUCAUCUUUUUAUAGAUAUUGAAGAAAAUAUUUUAUUAAUAAUUAAUAUUUUUUGUUGUUUUGUUAGCUACCAGAUAAUUUUACUUUAUUUGCAGUUGUUAUCGUUUAGAGAAAUUUUGUUGUGUUAUAGUUGCACUUGUAUAAAAUUUUAUUAUUUUUGACAUAAUUGUCAUUUAAUAUAUUGAUAAAUUUAUUUUUCCUGAAUAAUUACUUGAAUGGACAGAAAUUAGUUGAAAAAAUCAAAAAUCAUAAGGUAUUAACUGUUCUGCAUUUAGCCAUAUUUUUUCAUAUGUUCCAAGAAUUUAUUGAUUGUAUCAGUAUUAUAACUUUUUGUUAUGAAUUUGAAGAAAGAAAAUGUUCUAAGUUAUUUGUAGUUAAUCAGGAAUGCCGUAAAAUAUUUUCAUACUGAAUUUUAGCAUAAUUCUUAGAAUUUCCUCUGUGCAGAAUUCUAGGGAUAUUUUAAGGGACCUUUAAUUACAUGUGUUGUGGUAUUAGUACAUGUUGAAUGUUCUGUCAUUGUGCUCUUAUAUUUUCUUUACUUGCUUUUAAGAACGAUCAUGUAAACAAAUGUACUCUUCAAGGCAGUGCUAAACGCAUUUAUGCAAUAAUUUAUAACUUCAGAAAGGCCAGAGGAAAGUUGACAUAUUUCUGUUACCUAGUCAUGUUAGAAACAAAUAUUUUUUUAAAACUAGAAAAGAAAAGAAAUCUGUUCAGUAUUCCAAAGUGUUUUGUGUCUUCAGUGCGAAAUGGUGUUGAAUUCUGUAAAGAAUUGUAGGAUACUUUGCAAUAAUAACUGAGGAUGUACAUAGAAUUUUUCCAUCAUUUGAAUUGUUGUUUAAUUUUAUUGUUAAAGUAUGUUUUAAUAUUUUAUGUUUGAUUUUAAAUAGUUGCUAUCACACCAAAGUUAUUGACCAUCUUCAGAUUGAGUAAACUAGGUAAAUUUAUCUAGUAUUUUUAAAGCCUUUCUUAUUCACUUAGGUGAUUCUAGUCUACUCCAAUUUAUGUACAUCAUUAGCACUGUUGCACCAUUUACUUUUGUAGUAUGUUUUGUGCCAGAAUUUUGAGAAAGUGUCCUGUGUUGUAUUUGCAAUUAAUAUGGUUCAUCUCAAUUUUUGACAUUACAUGUAAAGUGUAUUUUCAUUAAUCUACUUUUUUAAGAAAAGGAAAUAUAUCACUUUCUAAUUACUCAUAACGUUUUAAAGACCCAUUUCUUGGAAACAAUAUUUCUACAUUUUCCAGUUUUUAAUAUUUACUUUUCAUCAAAGUAAAUCUAAUAUCAAGUUACUGAAAGUUUCCUCUGGUAAAAUGUCAUUUCUCAUAAAACUUUCUAAACAGGGGAUCAAGAAAUUGCAUUGACAAAUAAAAUAAAGGUUAUUCUUGCAAAUUAAAUAUUUUGGAAGUAGAAUACCAUGUGGCUUUGUAUUAAUACUGAUCUUCAGGCUGUGAUUCAGAUGUUAACAAAAAUAGGUACAAAGUAUAUCAUUCAAAAAAAAUAAGGCCUGAGCAAGUUGUGCAGUAUUGAUUAUUCAUAUUUUCAUAAUUCAGAUAGUUUGAAUGUAAAGCACAUCAGAUCAUUGUGAAUUUUUCUACAUGAAAGAAAUUGACUUGAAAUUGGCUUAUUAUAAAGUUCAGCCAAAUCCUGCUUAAUUUCCAGUUAUUUUUAAUGAAAAUGUGUGUGAAAGCCAUGUUAUGUGAUAGACUGUGUGGACCAUAAAUUUUCACUUUUUUACAUGGUUUUUCUAAUGUUUACUAAAUGUACACUGCCAGAUGUUCAGAAGUAUGUUAUUUUAUGUAGAUGUAGAAAUUUUGUGUUAUUGUAGUUAUGAAAUAAAAAAACUAAAAUUGUGAAAAUGUUUCCCAUUAAGUUUGUUCUAUUCAAUUUUUCCAUGUAAAUUAUAAAGCAUUUGGAUUAAAGGAAUUUUUUUUAUUUCAAGCUUAGUAAUACACGUUCAGAAACAUCUAAAACAGGCUACACAAUUUCAUAUAUUGUAAAUAAAUAGUUUCAAAAACACUUACAGGUAAAACAAAUUAUGGCAGUCUUUCAAAUUCAAGAAUUAUGGUAAAAUCUCUUAAUGAGAAUAAAAAUGACUAAACAAUUUCCUAAUAUUUUUUUCUUGUGAGGGCAGAAUUUAGUCUGGUUGCUCAUUGUCUAGAGAUGGAACCUGUUGGUCAAUAGCAUUGCAAUAUGAUGACCCACAUUUUACAAGACCUGCUGCUGAUAGCAACCCAAUGGCAGAACCAACAAAUGCAUUUUCAGGCACAACACUUCUCAUUACAGCCCAAAUUAGUACAGAGCCGAACGUGAACAUAACAGCUCCAAAAGCACUGUACGUUGUGCGCGGCAAUAAUUCAAGAUUUUGCAAAUGUGGUCUUUUGUAUGCAUAUAGGGCUACACCUCCAACAGAACCAAACAAAAGAAAAUUUGUAAUAUCUUUUUUGGGACAGCACUCGGAGAAUAACGAUGGAUUCAUUACAUUUACAGACAUCGCCGAGUAGCAAAUCACACCAUGAAGAGGCAAAUAGUGAUAAAGAAUAUUUUCUUUGGUAACGGGUUUGAUGAAUUCUUCUUUCAAUUUUGCCACUAAAGAUUUAGUACUAUCAGAUUGCUGUAAUUUUUCUUUUCGGGAUGGACCCGGCGGGUCGGAAGCCAUUUUCAAGCAGCAAAUACUGAUCCGAAAAUGCCCCUAGAAAAUCAACAAGCUACACGCAACUCGCGCUUCUGUUUCCACAUGUCGUGACAUUCCAUUUUGUUUUUGAUUUACGGGUAUACCAAUAUUAUCCAGUCGAAAGAGCUCAUUCCAGAUGUCACGAACAGUUGUCUACUGUAUGUUUUGAGGAAAAUUGAAGAUAUGGAUAUUUAUUUUUAUUGUUUUCUGAACGUUAAAUAUCACAUAUUAUGGAGCUAAUACGCGUAUAGACAACCAAAAUUCUU